AUAGGCGAAACGAGUGCUGGCAAAAGUAGCGUUAUUAAUUUGAUCCUCGGAGAAGAAGUUCUUCCUUCCUCACUCCUGUGUACAACUUCUACCAUCUGCGAGCUGAAAUAUGGAGAGAAAAAAAUAAUCAACGUGCAUUUCAAGGAUGACGGAACACAGACGCGUGACCCAGAAAUGCAUGAACUGAAUGAAAGUCCUGAUGAAGACUACACAGCUCAGAUCAGUAGAUUUGUCAGCUUAAAAACUGAUCGAGACAAGACACCGUACAAGAAGAUAGAGCUGUUUUGGCCACACCCUCUGCUUAAGGUAAUGGAAAAGUUAUGUGUUUGUUUUUCUUUUUUAUAGAAAUUUGCACCAGAAAUUAUUUGACCUUGGCAGAUGUACCAUACCCAGACGAAAAUAUAGUUUCAAGAGAAUGGUUUAACAAUUUAAAUUUAAUUUGCAAUUAGCAGUCAGUUCAAUGACAUCUCUGUGAAUAUUCUGUGAGGUCUUAAAUUGAACCAACGACGAAACCAACCUCAAGGGCCAGCUGUAAGGUCCAGAAUACUGGCCGGCAUCUGCUAAUAGGUUCUUUCAUGCCGGUCUGGAACCUCGUAGCGAACGGAAACGGGUUUUUGAUGAAUGAAUGAAUGAAUGAAUGAAUAAAUGAAUAAAUGAAUGAUUGGAUGAAUGAAUGAAUCUGCCACGUCCCCAGUCGCUGGUGAUCACUUAUUGGAGGAUAUUUGAGUUAAUUACUAAGGAAAGCGGGCCGAAAGGAGUUACUCACCUCUCGCACUCUGCGCCAGUUCCCAUCAUCCCCCUGUCGCCCUUCUCGCUUGUUCCGUACUCGCCUCACUAAAGGAGGAAACUAUCAAAGAUGGAGGAAUUAAUGAACCUCUACGGAUUGUCCACCACUAACAUUCCCAAAAGCUGUUAGUAGUGAGUUUUUUAAAGCUCAUUCCAUCCAUUUUUUAAAAGUUAACUCCCAUUAAUGAUGUUCAUGUCACUGUUAUUUCAGGAGAACGUUAUGAUAGUGGACAGUCCUGGAGUGGGAGAAAGUGAAGUGAUGGAUGAAUUUGUAGUCAACUACAUGUCCAACGCGUUCUGCUUUAUGUAUGUCAUCAAUACCCACAAUGCUGGAGGAGUGCAGAAAGACAGGGUGAGAAUUACUAAUAGUUUAUGUAUUAAUUGUAUUGAAACCGCUAACCCAUCUUUGGAAACAAUACGCGCCUUGCUCUGUUGUCUUCUUGUCGUUUACAGCUCUACUAGCUCCAUAAACUAUUAAUUUCAAGUGGCCAGUAGAAUUUGAGUGUUUUAAAAUACGUUAAUCUCUUUAUUGACUUAAUCUAGUGGCACUUCACAACACAGGCAUUAAUCGAUAGAUUUAAUACUUCAACUCGAUAAAAUGCGUAAAAUGGCAGAAACAAAAAACCCAAAGCCCUUUGGAUAAUAAGCAGAAUUCAAAUUUCGCGGUCUGUGUUUGGAAUUUGCGUAAUUAACAAUUAUUCCACGAGGGCGCGUUGGAUAUGAGAUGAUAUAAAGAUAGCCAACGAGGCGCGUAGCGCCGAGUUGGCUAUAAUCAUCUCAUAUCCAACAAGCGCGAGUGGAAUAAUUGUUUUAUUAGAAACGCGCACAAAAUCUCGUUGAAUCUCCCCGACUAGAACAAACCGGAAAAGACUAGGGACUUCCGCUAUUCACAUGUCACACGUCUAUCAAAACUGUCAACGCGCGAACGGACUCGCCUGGACUGCAUGAAUGAAAAAUCAAAACAUUGUAGCGAUGAACAUUAGUUUUUUAAAACUCAUUGGGAUUCUAGGAUUUUACACAGCAGAACAGCUAAAAAAACNAUCCAUUUUUUAAAAGUUAACUCCCAUUAAUGAUGUUCAUGUCACUGUUAUUUCAGGAGAACGUUAUGAUAGUGGACAGUCCUGGAGUGGGAGAAAGUGAAGUGAUGGAUGAAUUUGUAGUCAACUACAUGUCCAACGCGUUCUGCUUUAUGUAUGUCAUCAAUACCCACAAUGCUGGAGGAGUGCAGAAAGACAGGGUGAGAAUUACUAAUAGUUUAUGUAUUAAUUGUAUUGAAACCGCUAACCCAUCUUUGGAAACAAUACGCGCCUUGCUCUGUUGUCUUCUUGUCGUUUACAGCUCUACUAGCUCCAUAAACUAUUAAUUUCAAGUGGCCAGUAGAAUUUGAGUGUUUUAAAAUACGUUAAUCUCUUUAUUGACUUAAUCUAGUGGCACUUCACAACACAGGCAUUAAUCGAUAGAUUUAAUACUUCAACUCGAUAAAAUGCGUAAAAUGGCAGAAACAAAAAACCCAAAGCCCUUUGGAUAAUAAGCAGAAUUCAAAUUUCGCGGUCUGUGUUUGGAAUUUGCGUAAUUAACAAUUAUUCCACGAGGGCGCGUUGGAUAUGAGAUGAUAUAAAGAUAGCCAACGAGGCGCGUAGCGCCGAGUUGGCUAUAAUCAUCUCAUAUCCAACAAGCGCGAGUGGAAUAAUUGUUUUAUUAGAAACGCGCACAAAAUCUCGUUGAAUCUCCCCGACUAGAACAAACCGGAAAAGACUAGGGACUUCCGCUAUUCACAUGUCACACGUCUAUCAAAACUGUCAACGCGCGAACGGACUCGCCUGGACUGCAUGAAUGAAAAAUCAAAACAUUGUAGCGAUGAACAUUAGUUUUUUAAAACUCAUUGGGAUUCUAGGAUUUUACACAGCAGAACAGCUAAAAAAACCUGGCAGAUAAUGUGAAGGAAAAGAAUUUUUAAGUGUCAGCCGUCGAAAUUACUGUGAAUUUGGAUUUUCGGUGCAAUUAUAAAACUAAGAACAACGGAGAAAAACUAGUACCUCGGUCGCUUGUUAUGAAGUUGUUUGAAGCCACAAGCUGGUUUUGCUGAACGAGAAAAGAAGCUAUACUGCCGCCUCGAUUGCUCUAGUGAAUGGCUGCAUAGCCUGUAUUUGUAGCUGGUUACUUGCGAUUUAUAUUCUUGAUGUCGGAUAAACAAGCCGCAGUUAUCUAUCGGCGAGUGACUCGAUCGGCGAAUGGCUUCGCGAUCGGUGUAUGACAUUUGCAGACUGCAGACUGCAGACUGCCGAUCACAGAUUGCAGAUUGUAAAUUAAAUGACACCAAAAAUCUUCCUAAUAAAGGUGACGUCAUCAAAAAUAAAACAACGUGUGAAAGUGAGAAAGUAGCCUGGGAACAAGGUUGAUAUUUUUGCGCAAAGUUACAUUGGCCUCAUUCCCAAGAUGCUGUCGGCUAUUCUUCUUUGACUCUUUCUCAACUCACCCGGCAUAUCAAUAAUUGCGUUGAUUCUUUAUUCUUCUUUGAUUAUUGUGAAUUGAUAAUGACAAGUAGCAAUGCCCACUAAUACCUGUCUAAAUUGUAGUCUUCUGUAAAAAAAGGUUUUUAGAUUGCAAGCACUUCGUGCUCACUACAGUUACGUCGACAAAAACAACUAGGAUAGAUCAAGGACAUUUAACACCUUUUAAAUGACGUAUUUCAUCUUAGGGAUAUGCCAAAUAAUCUAAAACGAACAGAUCCUACCUGGACUCGACGAAUUACCAGAAGUGCAUUUUGAAUUUCUAAAUAGGCAAAUCAUUGCUCAUACUCAAGUCCUAGUACACAGGUGGGGCCCCUGUAGAAUAAGGAUUCCGGCACUGUUUCACAGACAGACCUAUAUAACCGUAGUUUAAUUUCGUCUGUGGUGUAGGCUAAAUUGCUAGACGACUGUUGCUAUGGAUUCAAGAGCGAGUUUGUGACAUCGGCAUACAUUAUUCUGCUCUAAUUCAAUACGAAAAGAACAGCCAACAGCUCCUCUAGGAAUGAGAUCGGUGUAAUUUGCGUGAAAAAUAUAACCUUCGUUUCUAGGCCUUACUUCUCGGAACAAGGUAAUGUUGAUGAUGACCAACCUUUAUUACGAUAUUUUUGGUUUCAUUCAAAGUCUGCAGUCUGCAGUCUGCAAAUGUCAUACAUGUCAUACAUCAUGAAGAAACAACACUUGUCUUCUUUCGUAGCUGGUCAAGGUACUUUAGUUCCAUGUGUUUUCAUGUGUUUUUCGACAAACUUUCAAACAAGCUCUUGUUGCUUUUUUGUUUGUUUUUGUCUUUUUUCUUUCGAUGAAAUUGCAUUUCUAGUAUUCUAAGAAAUGAAUUAACACGAUUUGCUUCGGGUGCCGUUCUAUCCUUCGCGACAAAAAAAUCUCAGCUAGCUUCCAAUUUUAAACUGACGCGUACACCGACCAUAUAUGGAGAGCAUGGUAUAAUAGCCCAUAUACCAUAACGGCUAAGCCAAUCAAAAUGCUAGAAUUGCAUUAUCAAAUGAUUCAGUUUUUAAUAAUGGACGUUAUUGCAUGAGAAGCAACCUACACACCAAUAUUUUUAUUAUUCUGAAGGAGAAGAGAGAGGGAAAGGGGGAGAAAUCUAUCUAAACAUACCUUAAGAGUUUUAUCUAGCGAUCAGUGGAAGUCAGCAAUGUCUUCUUUGUUUUUUAACAGUUAGAAAUGCUACUCCAGUGUGCCCAAGCGAAACUCACGAAGGAUGAUCUCGUCCUAUUUACCGGAUGUGCUUUGUUUGUCUGUAACAAGUGGGAUCUCAUUCAACCUAACGAGCAGGAGGAAGUAAAAGAAGCACAAGUCGCAAAGCUUUCCAAGAAGCUUCCAAAUCUCGAUCCAGGAAAACAAAUGAUCUAUUUGUCGUGUAAAACUGCCCAGACUUGCCAGAAGUAUGGCUACAUCACUCCGGACUUCAACAACUUAAUUGCUGGUAUCGGCCAUCUUAUUGUCUCUGCAAUGCAAAACAAGCUGGAAAUGCACUUCAGGUAUCUUAACAACUUAACAAAGUCUAUGAGGAGAAAAGAAGCAACUUGCUUCAAAUUUGGGGCAUUACUGACUUAGUUUACAUGCACUUUUAACCAGUCAGUUUCGAAAAAGGUGGGCUUGUCAAAACAGAUCAAGCGCGCGUACCGCCAUAGAUGUUUUGAUUGUGUGUAUGAAAAUCGAAUCCGUUAGCCUUAGUUGUUCACACGAGACUCUAUACAUUUCCGUCUGCGGGCGUAAUGAGCAAUAGAUUCGUUCGUCAGGGUGUUUGAUAUUCUGUUACCGAAGAGAUUGUAUGAAAACUGUGAAAGGUUUGAAACCAGGAGUAUUUCAUAAGUACUAGAUUGAGGACGAUCGUCCGGAUGAACGUAGUCCCGGAACAGGACUGUUAUUGACAAUGACUGACGUUGCAGUAGUCACCUUCAGAGUAUCACGUCAGUUGAUGGUAUUUUAAAAACUCUGGCGAGAGAGAUUAUUGACCUGAUUGGUCAUGAUGAAGUCGCGAUGUUAUUGGUCGUCUGUCACAACAUCGAGACUUAAUAAAAAGAAGUUGUAGCCUAAAAUUCGUUGAUCACCUUACUUUUCAAACAGUACAAGGUUUUGCAAACUUGAAUUUAGUGGGAAAAAAAUGCAAAAGCGUGUAAAUUUUUCACAGGCAUGCAAAGGGACUAGUAUAUGGUAAACUCAAUUAGAAAUGAUGAUGCAUAGUUUGAUAUGUGAUGAGUAAAGUGUUUACUUUUGGCCUAUUUAUAAAAAAAUACACUGAUGUUUGUGACUGUACACAUUUCUGGCCGACAUUGUAAGUGUAAUAGCCCUUUGAAAACACCUACUUUUUAAACCAAAAUGGUACGUGUAUUAUAUCCGUAUAGUAAUCACGUUUUCUUCUGGUGUAAUAAAGAAAUAUUCAUUAAUUAUCCAUAAAGAGCUCCGAAGAUCGUGAAAUUUAAACUCAGUUAAAAUUGUUCUUGCCUCCGAUCCCUUUCAUUGACUAUCAUAUGGCAUAAACCACCCCUAGGAUCGAAUCGACAGCGAACUAACGAAUUUAUUUUCCUUGCCAUUAUUCAACAGAUGGCUGGAGGAAGUCCUUUUUCAUGUCUCCCGUCAAGUUAAAAUAUUUCUUAAGACCACAAAGCUGUCCCACCAAGAAACAAAGGAGAAAAUUUCAAAGGUAAAGAAGCGGAUGAAAGAACUGCAAGAAUCUCAGCAGCGUAAAUUUGAUGAGCUUAGUAAAUAUCAGUCAGAGAUCCUAGAAGAUAUCAUUGCAAAGCUGUCAGAGUACUUCAAAUCCGAAGAGACGGUCAAUAACUUUUGUAAAUGGUCUCCUAAUGAGGCUCCUAAGGUGAAAGAAACUUGGCAGCUGACGAAGGAUGAAGUUUUAAAAUGCAUUUCAAAGAGAACACAGCAGUUUGUCCAGAAGUGGGAGGACGAAACGCACGAAUUUGCGAGUGCUCAGGUUUCACUUGCUAAAUUUUGCUGUGAAAAGUACGAUAUCAUGGAAGGAGAAAUUCAUCAAGUGGAAGAAUACGUCUUUUUGGACGUAGACGACAUAGACGUCACGACGCAGGACGAAAAUGCAACUCAAACACAUUCUCAAGCAAAAUCACGGAAAGUGGCUAAGGGUAGUGCUCCAAUGUGGCUUAGACAAGGCUUAGCACCCGUGAUUGUAGGAUCUCCAAUCAAAACACUUGGCUUGUACAAGACUGUCAAGAAGACGUUCCAUUAUAAAGGUAAACGGGAGAAGUACAAAGAAGACCCGUCUGCCUACAUGUCAAAGAGAUCAAAGAAAUGCCUAGCGAUGAUUGGUACUGAAGAUCGAUUAUUGCCCCUCAUCAACGAACAGCUGGAAGAUGCCGUUCAGUGCCUGAAACAACUCAAGGAUAAAAUGCCCAGGCUACUGGAAUGUGACAACAAGUUUUACCAAAAGCUACUUGUUGAUGACAGAAGUGAGAGUGAGAUUAGAGAAAUCUACGAACCUUUGGCUAUGGAGGCAGAAUUCCUGAGGCGCGAGCUAACCGUUUUUAGUCUCACAGAAAUCAGAAAGUCGGACUUUACCAGGGAUGAGCUGAAAUGGGAUGAAAAUCGCCAGUCAAUCAUAGGAAGAGGAAAUUUCUCGACAGUGUACAGAGGAAUCCUUACUCAGAGUGGAAAACCGGAAGUGAAAGUGGCCAUAAAAGAGUAUAGACAUCCCCUGAGUACCAGCAACAUUUGGCAUUUUGUCGAUGAAGAAAAAGCGUUAAGGUUUGUUUCAAACAAUCGUAAAAAAAGAAGAUUACCACUCCGUAACCUUCAGCUAACCAAUUGUUUUUCGCAGGCGUAAUUUGGGUGGCGAUCAAUGUCGAAAAUGACCCUUUUCCUAUGACCCUAGGGCUAAUUCUUGUAGUGCUCGGUUUCUGGGGCCCUCUCCAAUCUUGUUUUACAGACUGAGGGUUUAUAAGGUGCUUUGUGUUCGUCAGCAAUAGUCUCUCAUUACAACGGUGGUAGCAGCUAGAAAGUCCAGUUUAAUACUCACACUAAAUUAAUAUUCUGGUUAAGCCUUGGCAUGAUAGGCGUAAGUCAACCCUCUUCAAAACUUCAGACGUUUAUUUAUUUUCCUAUCGAGUUAUUUAUUGUGAAAUGCUUCUAAGCAAGUAAAAAAUAAAAAAUGAAAAAGUUCUUUUCUUCGCGCUAUUAGAAACCAGCUCGUUCUUUCCUUACACUUCUUUUGUUAAAAAAAAACUUGUGGAAAAAAUUAAGCCAAGGGAGCUUAGCUACUCGGUUGAAUGAAAAACCUACUCAUACAUUGCUAGCAACGAAUUAUAGGCCCAUGCUACUAAAGACUGUUCAAAGUAUAUGUGCCUAACUAAAGUUUUUUUUGUGUGUCCAUGAAAUUGAACAGAAUUGUUUCACUAUCUUGGUUUAUUUUUUUAAAGAGAGUUGCAACAUCCUGGCAUCGUAAAAUGUUUUGGAACCUGCCUUCUGCACGAAACAAAUGGCACUACAGUAAUGAUUGUUUUGGAACUGUGUGACUGCUCCCUCAGAGAACUGGUAACUUCCGAUCCGGAGAAUGCCCCUGCUAGACUUUCCAGUGAACCAAUAAGGAACAAGGUUUUAAACUGGGCUCUGCAGGUCUUGGAUUCCUUGCGCUACAUUCACGGAGAAGGAUUUGUACACAGAGAUUUAAAACUGGAUAAUUUGCUGGUAAGUUAG